UCUCGGGCCAGUGGUGGUCCACCUCGCGAGUCGGCUGGCCGGGCUACAGGUUGCCUUGUGAAACUAAAGUUGUGCAACCAAAAUGUUGGCGACCACUGCGCUACUUCUGGCUCUGCACUUCGCCACCGCAGAUAUACCGCCCUACAUCAAAGUCUGCCAACGGAACGACCCAAACGUGGACAAAUGCAUUAUGAACUCCGUCGACGAGUUACGGCCCAAGAUGAUAGCGGGUAUUCCAGAGCUGGACGUCCCAGGUAUAGAGCCUCUAAGCCUUGGUCAGAUCGCGCUGGCCCGCGGUCCGCAGGGCGCCAAGCUGACUGCCGUCGUCAACGAUGUUAAGGUUCGAGGCCCGAGUAAUUUCAUCAUACAGGAACUAAAGUCAGAUCUUGACAAGAACCGGUUCGACUUCAAGCUGUUGCUUCCGAAGCUGGACUUCGCCGGGAAGUACAAGAUGGACAUCCAAGUGCUCCUGCUGCGGCUACAGGGACGAGGGAACAUCACAGGCUCCUUCAAGGACUACGCAUGCAACGUCACAAUGAGAGGACACAAAGAAAAGCGCGGCGAAGAUGAAUACUUGCAGUUUGAUCCAUUCAGAGUCAAACUUAGGGUUGGUCAGUCCUCAAUCUACUUAACCAACUUAUUUGACGGCGAUCCAGUCCUGGGACCCGCCACUAACAGGGUUAUCAACGAGAACUCUCAAGUGUUCCUACAAGAAAUAAGUCCGGUCCUAGAACGGAGCCUUGGGGAACUCUUCACCGAAAUGGCAAAUAAAAUAACAUCUAAGUUCACAUAUAAGGAAUUAUUUCCUUAGCUUAUACAAUUAAAUUCUGUAUAUAGAUACGUAAGUUAGUGUGAGAUUUUCUGGACUUUAUUAUAAAUAGUGAUUUGCGAUCGCAAGUGUCAGAUGCCUAUGCAAAAUUCAAUAAAUGUGAUAGUAACGUCUAUGGUUAUAGUGUCCAUUGAAUAAGUUUUAGUAGGCUUUGGUGAUAAGGCUAUUUGUAACUUGAAAUAACAUUUUUUUGUUACUUUUGUAUUAAUUUAGCUUUAUGUAUUUAAAUAUAAUAAAUAUUAUUUUGUGUUUGUUUUAAUAAUAAUCUUCUCGCUAAUAUUAGAUUUCAAAUAGAAGAGUCUAUAUUGCAACCAUAAAUAUUUCACUCGAAUAAAUUUCACAGAAAUCAAUUUCAAUUUGCAAAACAAUUUGAAAAAAUAAUCCUUGAUUCAACCUACCUUUUUGUAAUACUUCACUUCUAGCUUUGUGCUUUAUUCAUACUUCAAGUAAGAAACGUUACCAUGACUUCAUUUUAUAAUAAAUUAAAAUACACAUUUAUGUAUAACAUUUAUUUUAUUAAAUAAGUUUUCGAUUUUUUUAUACUUUAGGUUUACUAAUGAAUUACCAUUAUCAGAUGUAAUUAAAUUAAAAUUGACUGAUUGGGAGAAAUUGCUACUUUCUCGUCUUUGUAAGACGGAAAUACUGCUAUUGUAAAUACGACUUUUUACUCGUAUUAUGUGAUGUAAGGACACGAAAAAAACAAGUUUUCUUUUUUAAUAUUUUUAAUAAAA